GUCUACUCUUUCCCAUCUGGUCAUAGUUUUGAUACAAAAAAGACAACAUGCAAUUGAUACAACACUGCUAGCUAGACUUAUCUUCUUUUCUUUUUCAUUUCUCCACGGCCAUCUUCUAUAUAAACCCAUCACUUUAUUUAGCUUAAAACGUGUUGAUUAUGGUAUUUCAGGUGCAUUUCUUGGACGAAAACUGGCAUAUCCUGACUCUAUAUAUACACAUCCAUCUUUGAAAGAUUCUACACAUCCUUCUUCCAUUUAAGACUGGCAUACAAGCAGGACAUCAUCAGUUCUCAGUUGAACUAGAGCAGCUGCAAUCGAAGAACAUAAUAGCUGCAGCUGGAAGGAGAAUUCAUUAAGAUAAGUACACUUUGAACCUUCUUUUCGAUAUACAGACAUGCUCUGCUGCUUUACUUCGAGUUAAAUUCUUGUUCUUCAGUUCUUCUUGAAAGAAAAAUAUUAGGAAAAAACACAUCUCGAAGUCUUUUGUUCUUGACUUCUUUAAAUUGUUAAUUCUCGUCCAAAUCCAAAAUGGAAGUAAUUAGUGAAGCAGGAGCAUUCAUUAGUGAACCGAUUCCCUCACCUCUUCCAAGAAGAGCAGCAAUUCUGAAAGGGGAUUUCAUGGCUUUUGAAUCGAGGAAGUUAGCCAUAGAAGAGGUCAUAGGGGCGUUGAAGGAUCCAAAGAUCAACGCCAUCGGGGUCUAUGGGAUAGGAGGGAUUGGCAAGACUAGCCUGAUAAAAGAAGUUAGCAAACAAGUAGAAAACGACCAGCUUUUUCAUUCGGUUCUGAUGGUGGCUGUUCCCCAAACACUAGACAUAAGAAAGAUUCAGGGAGAUGUUGCUGCCAUGAUAGGGCUAGAAUUAGGAUCAGAAGAAAGCACGCGUUUAAGAGCAGUUAAUCUGUGCCAAAGCUUGAAAGAAGUGAAUAGAAUUCUUGUAAUCUUAGAUGAACUUUGGGAGGGAAUAGAGUUGUCAGAUGUAGGAAUUCCUUGUGGAAGGGAACAUAUGAGCUGCAAGAUACUAUUCACCACAAGACUCAAGGAGGUAUGUGAUGUGAUGGGUAGCUCAGAGGAUCAAUCAACCAAAAUCUUCAACCUUGGUAUCUUGACAGAAAAUGAAGGUUGGGAUUUGUUUAAAUGGAAUGCAGGUUUGUUUGUUGACUCUCCAACAUUCAAAGAUGCAGCAAAGGAGGUUGCUAGAGAAUGUGGAGGUCUCCCUCUGGCACUAGUCACAGUCGGAAGGGCUCUGCGAGGUAAGGAGGACAUAAAAAUAUGGGAAAAGGCAGCUGAUGAAUUGAAGAAGUCUAGAACUAAACAGAUUAGGGGCAUUCAUGAAAGAGUGUUGUCAUGUCUAGAGUGGAGUUACCAUCAAUUACUAGAUGAGGAAACCAAGCAAUUGUUCUUGUUGUCUUGUCUAUUCCCUGAAGAUUAUAAUGUCAGUGUAGAGAUGUUGGUGGAGUAUGCAAUAGGUGAGGGACUGUUUGCAGAUGUAGAGACAAUGGAAGAAGCAAGGCACAGAGCACAAUCGAUAAUCAGCAACCUAAAAGAUUGUUUCUUCUUGUUAAAUGAAGAAGAAAAUGAAAAAUUCUCCCUAGGAGACACUCUUGACAUAGACAUAGGUUGUGUGAGAAUUCAUGACGUGAUUCGUGACAUGGGUAUCUCAAUUGCAACAUCAUCAAUGGUGAGAGCAAGACAAGGAUUGAAGGACUGGCCGAGGAAUAGCACAGAUGGAGAAGAUUACCAUAGAAGAGUCUCGCUGAUGCACAAUCGGGUAUUGAAAUUCCCCAACCAGUUGAAAUACCCAGAACUCCAAACCUUGUUGUUGCAGAACAAUUGUCCUUGGCAAUUGCAAAAAGACGAAAUGAUCACAGUCCCAAAUACCUUCUUUGAAGGAAUGCCUGCACUCAAAGUAUUGGAUCUAACUGAAAAUCAUAUUUCAGUUUUACCUCCAUCAUUAUAUUCCUUGACAAACCUUCGAACACUACGUCUGCAUUGUAGGCAAACAGAACUAUAUGGGCUUGGAGAGCUGAGAAAACUUCAGAUACUUGUACUUCAAAUUCACUCUAAUAAUACGGUGGUACUGAAAGACAUGGAACAGCUAACCACUCUAAGAUUGUUGAAUUUGCAAUGCAGAUGGGGUUCCAUUGUAAUUCCACCUGAAAAGAUAUUGAACUUCUCGAAGCUAGAAGAACUAUAUAUGAAAUCUAACAACAAGUUUGUUAUGGAGCAAAAGCCAGGCGGAGAAAUAACCAUUGAUGUUAGUAAUAGCUUUGCUGAGAUAACACGCUUGCCCUGCUUAACUGCUUUACAAAUAGGAGUAAACAAUGUUGAAUGCUUACCUCAAGAAGUCAGUUGUCAUCCAAACUGGACAAGAUUUUGCAUAGGUGUCGGCAUGGGCACUCAUUAUGGUCGUUAUGUUGUCUCUACUACAAUGAAAAUCUCAAGAUCCUUGAUCCUCAACAACACCCAGAUCUGCAACCUUCCAGAUUGGUUUAGAAAGGGGGUCUUACUGAAGGCAGAACUAUUGCAUUUUUGUUAUUUCAGAGAGGAUUUAAAGAACAUAUUUGAAGAAUCUGAUCAAGAAUAUCUUUCUGAAGGUGGUUUCAAGCUGCUCAUUGUUGAAAAUUGUCCAUGGAUAGAAUGUUUCCUGAAUGUGAUGGAAUGGAAUUUGAAACAGACGGUACUAUUCCACCAUUUGGAAGAGUUACGCCUCAUUGGUUUAGAAGAUUUAAGGCAUAUCUGGCUUGGUCAACUUCCAAAUGGGUCAUUCAAGAAAUUAAAAUUCUUGAGCAUUGAGAAUUGUGGCAAACUGAGAAAUCUCUUCUCCCCUGCUCUAGCUGAAAGCUUGUCUCAAAUGGAAACAAUUAUAAUUAGGGAAUGCGAAGCGUUGGAGGAAAUUGUUGUGAAGGAGGAAGAAACAGUGGUGGAAGAAAAGAUUGUUUUCCCUCGAUUGAAGAUUUUAGUGCUCGAAGUUAUGAAGAGCAUCACGAGUUUCUACCGUGGAAAUGCAAGCGUCGAAUGUCCACGACUGGAGAAAGUAAGAUUGGUGAAAUGUGAGAAUAUGAAGAAUUUCACUUUACGGCUCCAAAAUACACCAAAGCUAAAGAUAUUUGAAGGAGAGAACUUCCAAUUGUACGAAUCUGAUGUAAAUGCUGCCAUUCAAUCCCUUUACGAGUUCCCACAGGUUUGGAGAUUAUUUUCCAAACUGGAAAAACCUCUGAGGGAUCAUUUGAAACAAAAUCUCCAAGAAGAAGGUGCAAAAAUCCGGCUAGAUGAACUGAAAAAGUACUGGCAAGUUGACUCUGAGCUCUCGACCUUAAGCUCAUUCAGAGACAAAGAAGUCUUACAGACAAAAAGAUGGAGCAUAGCAGCACGCUGGCUAGCCGAGUUUGAGCAUAAUCUUAUCAGCUUGGGCCUUUUAAGAUCUGAAGAAAUCCCAGAGCACAACAUGCAAUUCUUGAAGACUCGGGAAUUACUAUACCAACUGAUACAACCUUUCAGAAAGUAUUUCCGGUGGAGAUACAAUAAGUCAACAGAACGCCAGGAGCUAAGAAAACAAGAAAAAAGGUGGAGAGAUGAUCCUGAACUCAAGACGUUAAGCUCCUCAUCACCAGCUGACGAGGCCUUGAUCAGAAUAAGCAUAGCUGAACGCUGGCAAGGAGAUUACGAGCAUCAACUUAUUAGUUCUGGCUUGGUGGCUGCUGGAUGCACGACUGAGCACAUCCGACAAUUCCCACAGGUUUUGAAAUUAGUACAACCAGCAAAGAAUUCUCUGGGAAAUGAAAGAGAAUUGCCUAUUCCUGCAAUAUUAUUGGAAGAAGGUUAUGAUCCAGAAAGUGAAUCAAUUGUCUAUAAACGCUUAGAACUAGAAGAUCUCAUGAAACGCUGGCAAGUAGAUCCUGAGCUUAUCAACUUGAGCUUAUCAUGGGAUAGCACCUCAAAGAAGUGGAUGAGAAGGAGCAUAGCAAAACGCUGGCGAGCUGAGUUUUUAGAUUACAUGAGAGAGUUCCGGAAGAUUCACAAAUUGUUUUAUCGAUCAAUAAAGCCUCUUCUAAAUUAUCUGCAAUGGAGAGAAAGGUGGGAUGACCUGACAGAACAGGCCCUACGGCAAUAUGGAGAAGAACUACGAAAAUGCUGGUUUGGGGACCCUGAACUCAUUAGAUUAAUUUCGUCAUCAGCUGAUGAAGCCACGAGGGAGCCAAUCAGAGGAAGCAUAGUAGAACGCUGGCUAGUGGAGUGCGAGAAUUCAUUUAUUUAUACAGGCUUGUUGCCGGUUGGAUGCACAACAGAGCAUGUCCGACAAUUCUUACAGGUUGUGAAGUUCUUUGUAAGAUUAAUGAACCCUUUAGCAAAUUAUAUAAACUGGAGGGGUUGGUGGAAUGGACAGCUAAAAGAAAGCCUGAAGGAACUCCGGGUAUCUCUCCAUUACAACUGGAUUGUGGAUCCUGAGCUUAUGAAGCUAAGCUCGUCACCAGAUCAAGCAUUAAAGAAAUCCAUAAAAAGGAUCAUAGCAGAACGCUGGCGAAUUGAGUAUGAGAAUGGGGUUGUUAGCCUAGGACUAUUACCAGCUGAAGGCACUCCGGAGCACAUCAAUGAAUUCCUGCAGGUCUUGGAAUUAUUACAACCAGUGAUGCGACCUUUCUCAUUUUGUCUGGGGUGGUAUGCCUCUGCCAGUCCAAUAGUAAGAGAAAGCCUUGAGAAACGUGGAGAAGAACUGUUGAAACGCUGGGAAGUGGAUCCUGAGCUUAUCACUUUGAGCUUAUCAUCAGAUGAAGCCUUAAAGAAGUCAAUGAGAUGGAGCAUUGCAGAGCGUUGGCAAGCUGAGUUUAUGCUUGAGUUUGUGCAGCUUGAGAAUGACCUUCUUAACUCAGGCCAUUACAUGGACGAGAGAACGUUUGGCUUCAUUGAAGAGAGCAAGGGGAACAAGAGGAGCUCUAAUCUCGACUCUAUAGUUUCCCUUUUUAUGGGUGAUAUUCAAUCCACUCCUGAUCUCGGUAUUCAGGAAUUAAAAGAAGGUGAUGAAGAUGAUGAUGAAGAAGAGGAGGAGGAGGUAGAUGUGGAGGGCGAGGGGGAGGGAGAGUGGGAAGAAGAAGAAGAAGAAGAAGAGGAAGAAGAAGAAGUAGAAGAAUUUGAUGAUGAUGAUGAUGAAGAGGAAGAGGAGAUACAGCAUGCAUCUUGGCGUUAAGAAGAAAAUGUAGGUCCAAAAAAUUGAGGUAUUUAAUGUUUAGGCAUAUUUUUUAGCUAAAAAACUCUAUUUUGAGAGAAUCAUAAAUUUUAUUUUUAAUGUGUUCUUACGUCCAUUAAAGAAUAGAACAAAGAUGAUUAAGAUCCAAAGAAUUUCAAAAUAUUUCAUGUUUAUGCAUUUGUUAAACAAGGUUAAAAUGAAAUUGUUGAUAGCAACUCUGUAUUGGGAAUGGAA